GUUCCCGCGUGUUUUGGGCUGUCAACAAUGGCUCUAUUCCGUUCGUGUUGUCGCCUCUUGGUUUUUGUCGGAGUUGCCGUCCUUGCCAUAUUGCUGCUGAGACACUGGCUGGUCACCAAGCAGUACAUUUUCAACCACGACGACAUCGCCAAACUGGCCAAACAGUACGCGGGGCAGGACCACGAGCAGGCCUAUUCAAAACUGGUGGUCGAGCUCAGGAAGAGGUAUCCUGGCCACAUCCUGCCAGAUGAAGACCUGGAGUGGGUUUUUCUGAGGGCUGGAGGCUUCAUGGGUUCCAUAUGUGUUCUCCAUGCCUCCCUCACAGAAUAUGUGAUACUCUUUGGUACUGGAAUAGAUACAUCAGGACACUCAGGUCGUUACUGGGCUGACAUUUCUGACACCCUUGUCUCUGGUACCUUCAGAAGGUGGAAGGAGGGAAGUACAAAGAAUGAACUUUUCUAUCCUGGUGACACAGUAAUGCACCAGAUGGGUGAGGCUGCUGGGGUCCAGUGGACUGCCGGGACAUGGAUGGUUGAGUACGGCCGAGGUUUCAUCCCGUCCACGCUGGCUAUAGCUCUGGCCGACACUCUGUUCUGCACCCAGGACUUUGUCACCUUGUUUCAGACUUUCAAAGUCUACGGAAAAUCGAUGCUGUUGGAGAUGGGAACAAUGCUCGCUGACGCCGGAGUGUUCUAAAGGCAAAGUGGUGACACUUUCUGACGCCUGCACUAGAACAGUGACAUCACAAGCUGCUGAUGUGCUGUUUUGUUAUCGAUGUCUGACAUGGAGUAAAUUCUUGCCAGAUGAUUGAUUCUUUUUACCGUAAAUGAAAGAACAUCCUUGAAUAUGCUUAAGUUGAGAAUCCAGUAAAAUGUAACUGCAUCAACACAAAUACUGGACUUUAAAAAAUGUAGCCACUCCCUUCUACGUUAAUUUUACACUAACCGGCUCCUUGCAAUCUUACACUACAAGAGCAUUCCUUUUAAAGCUGCCUAAGCAGACAAUGAAGCCUUUUGGUGCUAACCAAAGAAAAUUGUCUUAGAAUGUGGUUAUAAGAAAUGAGGGUCAAAAUCUUCCAAGUACUGAAUGUGACAUUCUUCUGACGGUAAAGUAUUACCCAUUUUGUUAUAAAAGAUACCUUAUGGUUGGUGGUUGAUCAUCCUGUUUCUUGACUUGCUUAAGCACUGCUGGCAUGUUACUUUCUCUAAUGAUACUAUGUGUUGCGAUUUUCUGUGAAUAUUUAGUUGUUGUAUUUUGUCUACAACCUUGCUUAACAAAUUACAAUUGAAAACCAGCCACAGUUCUCAGAACACAUCUCAUUUUUGUAUCUUAAAUGUAUGUGUCAGUUAUUUUUUUUCUACCGCAACCUCUAAAUUUCAUAUCAGUGACAUUUUGUAACUGAGUAAAUUCUCAGUAACUCACUUUCUUAACGUAUCACACUGUAUAGUUCUUGUCUUGCAGGAAUGAAAAAUACUUAACCUUAAAUGUUGAUGAGCACAUAUGCAAAUUAUGAGAAGAAAUAAACAUUUUUGAAAAUAUUAAA